AUGAUUAAACGCAACACAUUAUUUAAACGCGUCCGCCUGCUGAUGCAGUUGAUGGUAUUGGUAUUUUGGGAGAUCUCUGUCAACAGUGCGAAUAUACAGCGAAUUAAUCCGUAUGACACAAUUUUGAAAAUGCUGCUCAAGGAGCCGCCCGUGGGAGUGGCGACUAACAUAAGCACCCACAAUCGAGAGUAUGUGCAAGAAAUGUGGCUACCACAGAAGGUUGACCAUUUUGCUGGUACUGAACAUAAACUGGGAAAUCAGACAUGGAUGAUGCGUUAUUAUGUCAAUGCCGAGUUUUAUGAACCAGGCGGUCCAAUUUUGAUAUUGGUAGGAGGUGAAUGGGAAAUCACACCCUCAUUGUUGCAUCAAGGUCAUUUCUAUGAUAUGGCUUUACAACAUAAUGGCAUAAUGUUCUAUACCGAACAUCGUUACUAUGGAAAAAGUUGGCCAAUAAGCUCCGUUUCCGUUGACUCUUUAAAAUAUUUGAGUGUACUGCAAUCCUUGGAAGAUCUUCGUUAUUUUAUUGAAUAUCAAAAAUCAUAUUCAGAUGAUUUACGUGAUGCCAAAGUGGUUCUGGUCGGUUGUUCUUAUUCGGGGAGUAUGGUGGCCUGGUUUAUGAAACAGUAUCCCAAUGAAGCGGAUGUGGCUUGGGCCUCUAGUGCUCCGUUGCUGGCAAAGAUCGAUUUUACAGCGGAAUUGCCUGGACAUCGUUUAAUUUAUGACUACGCUGGCUGGUAUUGUGGCCGAUUCAAACUAAUAGGUUUCGGGGUUCAACAUUCAAUCGAUAUGAAUAGUCACGCUCUAAAAAGGAUUGCUUGGAUUUAG